AUGACUGAUGAGGACGUAGCUGAGGAAUUCGAAGACGUUUCUGUCGGAUACCCAUGGCACUUGUUCCGACCAAUGCUAUUCCCGUACGAAGUGACGGGGGACAGCAUCCUGUUGAAUGGAUCAGGCACCGGCAGUAGCGGGAAUGGCUCUGCUAGUAGCGUUGGUAGCGGCAGCCGAAAUGGAGGUGAUCAGGAAGCUUGCAGCGUCGAAGGAGAGGAGGCCAACACCAACCGAAAAACCAAUGCUCUCGCGGACAUUAGUCUUCGUGUUCCUACAUGUACCAACAUGGCGACUAGCGAAAACAGCACGAAGAUACUGCGCGACCCUGAAGUUGUGAGAUCCAGCACAGUCGCAACGAAACCGCCACAAAGCAAGCUUGCCAAAAUGGUCAAGAAGCAAAUGCACACUCAUAAAAAGCAAGCUCGAUACCAGCGUUGUGACGCCUGCGGUAUUGCCAAGACACACAGAAUGUUGCUAAACGGUAAGCUGCGCUUCCCACUCACCAACACCCACUCCUACUUUGGAACUUGCAUCUCUUGUCACCCUCUAGAGGUUCCUCGCCCUGUGUUACAAAAGUCAAAUCAAGCUAUUUAUGGCCAAACCUCACCGCCUACCCAUCAAGAACUCAUGCCCAUUGCUACCCGCCUGGGGGUACCAUUAGAUACCUUGCAAGAGUGGCACCAAACAGUCGACGGCACGAGCAAUAGGACGAAAAGGACGAAAACCAAGACCCCUGCACUUGCUCCAGAUGAGUUGGUGGCCAUUGCUACCAAAACUCCAACUCCUGCAAUGUUCAGGGACCAGAGUAGAACCGCGGUUAUGACCGAGGAUGUUUCCGUUGCCAAUAGAAACUCGGUAUUAUCCGAGCUCAUCUCCACCACCAGCGUCCAUGCUACAGCCGAGGCCCAUUCGGUCAGAAAUGACGCGCCUGUUUCUCGAAAAUCUAUCUAUUCCGAGGUGCUCUCAUCUACUUCUGCUGCCAGGAAUCUCCAUCAAACUGCGCCAGCUGGGCCCAAGGACAGGAAGUCUCGAUGGAUUCCUCGCUUCAUGCAUUCCAUGAAAAACAAGAAUUAG